AUGUUCGUAAUUAUAUCAUUUCUACUUCUUAUAAUAAAUUCACACGCAUCCUACCCACUAUGUCAUAACGGUAUAGUUGAAGUUGUUGGAAAAACGUUCCCCUACGAACUAUGUUUCAAUGACGAGUGUCGCAAGUUCGAAGGCGAUGGCAUUAGUAAAACCUACAAGUUGUUUGCUUCCCCCUUGCGCAACGUGACCGAUCCCAUCAUUAUUGGGGAAUCCUCACUGCUGGCCGGUGGGUGCUGUUUUGAGCGUAGCAAUAAUUGCCUAUAUCGCAAUGCUUAUCAUCAUCAUGCCCAUCUGGCUGCUCAUAUCACUCAUCAGGCCGAAGCACACGCAACCCCCAGCUCAAAUCCAACGACAAUCCCGGGGGCAACAGCGUGCCAGCAUGGUUUCACAAGGCAUGCGACUGACAUAGUCUGCAACCAGGAUGCUGUUUGCAGUUAUGAAUUCAGCAGAGAACUGCUGUUUAAUAGAAUACAAACGCAACAUUGCAUAGAAAUGCGUUUGCAGAACAAAACUGUAGGAUUACUCAAAGUAAAAAUUACAGCUGUACACUUUGUUUGCUCGAAAGUUUCGAAGUUUUUCACCAAAAGCACAGAGCUCAGAGUAUACUCCAGCGUUAGAUGUGCUCAGGCGGGUUCCUGCCACGGAAACGUAUGCGAUCAAACUCGCCGUAACGAAACCGUCUCCGAGCUGUCCAGAGCAAGAAAGUACCCAGGGUAUUCGGGAUGCCAGUACACCUGUGGAGGCUUAAGUUGUGGAUGCUUUCUAGCGUCCCCUUCAUGCACCUUCUAUAAGGUUGCUCAUGUACCCAUCACGAAAGAUAUAUUCGAGGUCAUCGAAUGCAGAGAUUGGGUCCCAAAUGUUCAAAUAGAACUGGAAACCACCCUUUUCGGAAAGACCGAAAAAGGGAAGCCUCAUUUUGGAACCAAGCCAACACUAUCAGUGCUUGGUAAAAGAUUCGCCGUGUCACUGAACAAGUCUAUGAUCUUACCAGAUCAAUUCACCGUACCGGUCGAAUGCUCCACAUACGAAGAUGCACUCACAAACUUCCGCGAAAACGUCACUUCGACAAAUAGGGCCGACAGUGACCACCUUUUGCCGCUAGUCACACCUUCAGUGGAAAUACGCAGUACUGGCAGCGAAAUAUUCGCUAGUUCAGCUGAAGUUGAAACCACUGUAACCGUUCAGUCGAAAUUCCUCACAGAAAGUGUCAAUUUCGCUGACGAUGAAAAGUGCACGGUAUCCCUCAGUAGCUUAACAGGGUGCUAUAGCUGCAUACAAGGUGCGGCAAUUACCACGCAGUGCAAAACCAAAGACCCCACAAAAGUUACCGUAGUCUGUGGACAUCAUUCAUUCUCCAUAGAAUGUGGUUCCACAAGUCCGCAAACCAGAGUCAAGCUCAGUUACGACUACGCAAUGGUUUCCCAAAACUGCGUUGUCGAAUGUGGAAAUGAGAAAAUUACUCUACCACUGAACGGUACUCUUCUAUACCACGUUGAAAAACACGAUUCGGUGUUCGAUUUCAACCAUGAGCACUAUGAAAACAAAGCUUUAUAA